UAUUAUUAUUAUUAUUAUUAUUAUUUUAUUAUUUAUUAUUAUCCAUGCCAAAGCUGCUAUAGGAUACUGGUUCACCAAAGCUGUCAUGUUUAAAAGUAGGGACCCAUCACAAAUUUUGCACAAGUGGGUAGAUGGAAAUGAAGGUCAUUUUCAAGGCAAUGUGGAUAACAUGUUGCUACCCGAGACGAAAUAGGCUACCUUUAGGAAACUGCUGAAGCUUGUUUAUUAACCUUUUUGGAUAGGCUUUAAAUCAAAACGAAGGCAAGGAGAUGUGCUAUAAAACAUAACAGAAAUGGAACUCCCAUGUUGAAGGCUAAGGUGUUGUAAAAGAACGCAAAUAAUUACGGCAGAAACAUGACUCUGGACUUCAGUAUACUUAACAAGGUACCUAAUAAUUUUCAAUAUAAAAUCUAUGGUUUAAAUUGAAGCCCCCAAUUAUACAUGCAAAGUUAUUCAACUCCUCCAUGGUGGGUGGAUCUAUUGCAGCUGGCAAUUCCUUUCUCCUGGAAAAACAACAACAUAAGAUUGUGGAACCCAUCACAAUGAUGUAGCACAGGAGUUGCAGCCACCUGUCUCUGGAAUAUGAGUAGCCCUUUCCUUACAGAUAAGUAUACUUGCUUGCACAAAUAGUUUUAGAUCCAUGCCCCCCUUUAAAAUAUACCUAAAGCAACUCCUUAUGGUUAAUAGUACAAUAAUGCUCAUGUAUAAACAAACUAUUAUUAACAGCUUGGCUGGUAGCCAGAUUCUACACCCAGAUUUGUAGGCACAAAUCAUCCUCUAGAAUAAAAUAGUUUACUAGGGGAAAGCUGAUGUUGCCCUUGGGGCGCCUCAGGGUCAAUUUUUAUGGUAGCCCAAAUCUCAGGUGUACGCGUAUAUGUACAGGUAUAUAUCUCAAUUUUAAUUCAGGAGCUACUGCUGCAAACUGCUCUAAUUGUAUAUUUUAUCUUUAUGAAUGCUGUCAUUGUGUUAUACAAGCUGGUCUGACUGUAAUAAAUUAUCUAUUAUUUAUUAAAUUUCUAUUCAAGCUUUCAUCUGAAGAUCACAUGGAGAUUUGCAAUAGAUUUGGAGUUGGAGUUCGCUUAGAAGAGCAUUGUUUUAGGCAACUGCGCUCAAAAAACACAUCUAUUAUGCAGUUCAGUUAUUCAGACAUCAAUGAUUCAGUCAAUCUCAACCAUUUUUCCAGGGAAUGUUUAACCAAGAGUGUCUGUUAAUGUUUCACUGAGAAUGGCUCACUUCUGUUGGGCUGGUGGAAUUCUACUGGAAAUGUUCACAUAUUUUACUACAAAACACUUGGAAUAAUAUAAAUUCAUUAAUAUUUGCUGAAGUCCUGAAAAAAAAUCAGAGCUAUUAUCAAAUUUCACAAAUGCAUUCCCUGUGCUGCUGCUUAUUGUUCAUCUGCUCAUCUAGUGAAAGAAAAUGGUAUUACAUUCGUGUUAAAAAAGCAGGGUUUUAUUUAUCUCCUCAAGCAAAUGAACCGGCAUGCAUAUAAAACAGGUAAAAGCAAUCAAUAAAUCUUUGCAUGUAACCUGAUCCUGAAAUUAGUUAUAAUUGCAAGAGAAAACAUCAUUAAACAUUAUAGGCAGGUCUAAAAAAUAAUUUACCUGAACAAAAAAACCCUGGGACAACAACCUUUUCCACCUUAAAAUUCGGUGGGAUGGGCUUAUUUGUUUUUGCCAGUGAAUUGCAAAGUAAGGGAGCUGUUAUUGAAAAAGCCCUGUAGUGGGAAUCUGCCUUUCUUAUCCUCCAAGGUAAAGCCUGAGCAGAACCUUAUCAGCUGCUCUUGAAAAGGAUUAAGUGUGGGAUAACCAGCCUCAUACAAUCAACAUACUUAAGUCUGAUUAAUGCAUGAAGGGGGUAAGACCAUAGAGAAAACUGUCUUGCCAGGCUUACCUCACUUUGGGAGCAACUAGAUAAUCAAGCCUAUUGUUUUCUCCCAGUAGCUGAGAAGCUCAAUAUGUGAGGAGGUCUCAGCUGGUUGCUCCAAGGCCAGACCACAUGGUUCCAACAAGCCUCUCUUGAGUUCCUAUACCAAUAAGUUAGGAAUAUUCACUACUGUACUUUGGAACUAAGCCAAGUUUUAUUGCCUGUGCAACAUUUUUCUGAAUGCUGUUUGGAAAAGUACAUGAAUCUGGCCUCUGAAGAGUUUGUAAGCAAACCAUUUUUAAUGUAUUAAUAUUUUAUUGAAAAUAUUUAAAUUAAAUGAAAUAAAGUGAAGAAAUAAAAAAGGAAUAAGUAAACCAUUUUUAACUUACCAAACUUGUGGUCUUUUUGUAUGCUAAGGGAAGAGGGGGACUUUGGAAGGCACUGAGCAGAGCAUAUUUUAAAGGUCUAACAGCCCAUCUUUCCACAUUUUACUUUGCUGCAUAUUUUGUGAUUUUAAAUCUCUGCUGGGGUUCUCUCACCAAAGAGUACUUGCCCCAAACCUGGGUCUAGGCAUCCAGAAAUUCUUGAGUUCCCAGUAUUUGUUGGGGCAAGCCAUGACUGUUAAAGUGUAUAAUAUUGCUUUAAAUAUAAGAUGUAGGUGUGGCCUUUGUAGAGUCCUCUUUAACCCCUUUCUGUUUUAACAUCCUGAAUGUAAUUUGAUAUCAUUAGCAAACUUGGCCACCUCACUACUUACCAAAUACAGAUCACGGGGUGGCCAUGGACGCAGUUUUGAAAGGUAACAGUGACAAAUGGCUGGAAUCAAACAACCGUUUGGGGAGGGAGUGGCUAUGAACACAGCUCAAUAUGACAAAUGGUGUUGGAGGCAACACACAGGUUGCAUUAAGAGGCUGAGAAACAUAGGUGGGGUUUGGGGGGCGUUGACCAUUGAUGAAAUUCUGAAAGUGAUGACCAAGUUGGACUUGAAGCUGUAGCUUCUUGCAGGAUGGCUGGGAAGCUGUUCUGCUCCUCAAUACUCAGCCACACCUGUAUCUUGAGGCAGCUGCUCCAGGAACUGAAUGGGAGGCCCUGGUUUGGUCAAGGUCUUUGUAAGAACGGCAACUUCAGCUCAAGCAAGACAACGAACACCUCCUUGUAAGAAGCACAGGAUUGAGAGGAGAUGCUGUUAGGUAAGGAUUUCUCACCUUCAGACUGUGGCUGAUGCUCUAGGGAAGUUCAUAUGGUUUCCCCCCAAAGGACCCACAUGGGCCCCUAUAUGCUUUCACUUACACUAAAGCUUGUGCUUGGUCUAAAAUGAUCUUUCUCACAGAGUCCACCUUAGCUUGGCGGUGGGAGGCAUUUGACCUUCUCCAGUAGUUUCUCCCCAUUCAGAACUGUCAGGUGAGUUCUGGCUGUUUCUUGGCUCUUGAGGAAAUAUCCACCAGCUAUCAUGGAUAUCUUCCUAAUAAAUGGCAUGGCCAGGCCUGCCUGCUGGGUUUGGCCAGCAUUCCUGACUAUAUACACACACACCCAGAAUCAUCCCUCUCUGCAGGAACCUGACCUUAAAGUUGAUAUCUGAAGUUUUCAUUGCAUUUGUGUCGUAAAUCUGCUGGAAUAACUUCCCCGUGGUAGACUGAGCUGUAUUGAUUGAUGGCAUCACAGUCUCCUUUUGUUAAGCUUCCUCAGCACUAUGUAUUUCUUCAGAAUUAAUAGAAUCAAUGGUAAAUAAUUCCUCAUUGAAGAAAAUCUGGGUCCAGACUAGCUGUCUCAUUUUCCAUUAUGUUGAAUCUUUCCAGAUUCCACAAUGGCAAGCCUUACGCAAUGUGUUGUAUUGACCUUUCUCAGGCUCUUGUUAUCAAAGCUCACUCACAACUAAUUAAACCUGGCAUGUGAUGAUUCAUCCUGCAUGUUUGUUUCCUUUUCUUGUGAAAACUAGGUGGUUAUGAAGCAUUUUCAUGGCAGCUAGCAAUUUAAAAUCCCAAAGAGACGACUUCUGUCCCUGUCAUUCUGGUCCCUGCUCCUGCUUUAUGAUGAAAACAAUGGACAGGAUGCAGUCAUAUCCUAACCUCACUUAGGACCGAUUCUACACAAACCUCUGAAAGAUUCCCAACAAUGUCUGAAGUAUGUUUGGUGCCCAGGCUGUGGAACUUCCAUUGCAGGGAACACCAUUUAGCCCCCUCAUUGUUGCUCUUCUGAACUAAAUUUAAGACACCUUUUAUUUAAACAGGAUUUUGACCUGUCAAGUUUAUAUGUUCUAUCUGCUGUUGUUUUUAACAGACUGUUUAACUUUUUGUUGAUGUUGUUCCUAGUUGUAUGUUGGUUGUUGUUAGCCACGUUGGCCAACGCUAUGUAGCAAUGGUGAUGAUAAAAAUAUUAUUCCACCUCCUAAGCAGGGCAAUGUAUGCUUGUACACCUAUUGGCAAAAUCUGUGUGUGUUAUAUGUGAGGAUUGUUAAACCUGCUUUCCCUCGUGCCAUGGUCCCAAUCCAUAUCAGGGUUCCCAGCAGCUAUAUUUAACCUUUUAUAAAUCUGAGAUCCAGUCAUGAAUUUCCCACAACCCCAUCUUCUUGUGCUGUCAGAAUCAUACACUGCUAUGCCUCAAACAAACACCAAAAAGUGCCAUUUCUUCUAUUUUGUAAAAAAAAGUUACUUUGGUAUUCAUUAGUCUUAAGCUUCUUACAUGUUUUCCUCAAUAUACAUAUUUCUGCAUGGGCAGCGGAUAGCCCAAAUAAUAUGUGUAUUGUUUUUAAAUAUUUGUUAAUAACCUUUUACAAGGGGACAAGGGUGCCAGCUUGAAUAAUAUAUUGUGGGAGCCCCGGUAAGCCCUAUCCCACAUAAUCACACGACACAUUGCACACACACCAUUUGAAUGGAAAUCUCCAACUGUGGGAGGCAGCCCCUCAGAUAUUUUACUGUGGGAGGCAAAGCCCCCAUGGCCCCUAGGAAUUGGCUCCUGUGCAGGGGGAUUGCAACCAACAAGUGAUCUAACUGAAUGACCCUGUCCUCCUUUUCCAAUUGCAGGAUGCCUCCGCUGUAGCCAUGUUGCUACUAACGAUUGUUGUACUUUGUUGCAGCCCAGUUCCAAGACUGCAUGCAAUGUGGUCAACAUGAGUGCAUUGGUAUUAUUAGAACUCCAAAAAUAUAACUAUGAUGCAAGCUACUCUGCUAAGAGAAAAUGCUCUCAAUUGUCUGGACACAAUAAGAAAGGCAUUGUGUUUGGAUUAUAGAAGCUGCCCAUUGUUCUGGUUUAAAGCUUUAAGACAAAUCUUCGUUUCAUAACAUCACUGUAAGUUACUUACACUUGCAGGGUAGAAUAUUUAUAAGGCAUUUGAAGCCUCACUGGGGUUUAACUGUUCUUAGAGCAUGGGGCAGCUCCACACUGGUAACAUGAAAGGAACAGAGGUGGCAGAAUUACAGGAUAUGUACAAAAAGUUUGUUCUAGAAUGCCCCAGCGGAGGUCUCCAUUUGCAUGAAUUUAAGUAGUUUUUUGGCAUUACCAGCCAGAGUGAAGCAUCUGAAUAUGCUGAGAAUGCAUUUAAAUCCUUUGACACGAAUGGGGAUAACAUGAUAGACUUUUUGGAAUACGUAGCAAUUUUAAACCUAGUACUCAGAGGGAAACUUGAGCACAAACUGAAGUGGUCAUUUAAAGUGUACGACACCAACAGGAAUGGCUUUCUUGAUAAGGCUGAACUAAGGAAAAUGGUGAAGAGUGUCUAUAACGUCAAACAAGGAUGGGCAAGAAAUAUGGAUACUCAGAUGUCAACCCUGGAGGAAGUGUGUAACAGAAUAUUUCAACUUAUGGAUGAAAAUAAUGAUGAACAAGACUCCACUCUACAGAACACUUGCUCUGAAGCAAGGAUGUCAAACUCAAAGAGCUCAGAGGAACAAAUUCCAUGCUUAGUAGAGGACCAGGAGUGUCACAGGCAUAUUUUCACCAACAAAUGUAGAAAAAUUUCACUGAAAGAGUUUGUUGAUGGAGUGCAAAGAGAUGAGUGGGUAAGGAAAAUGUUGAACAUAGAUCCCACAGAAUGGAUCCUUGAACACCAAAGAAAAAAGAAUGCAGAUGAAAAGGACCAAACACUGGAGGAAAAAGACAUGUCGUCAGACCUUCCCUAGCAUUGGUUAUUGUAUGUGAAAUAUUUUCAGCAUGAUGGCACUUUGAUCCCAUGAAAUGAAAAGUAUAAAAUGGAUCAAGGCAUUUUAGCUAUUAUAUAAUCUAAGCAGUAGUUAUGAAGUUGAGUACUAUCUCUUGAUCAUUUUCCAGAAUAACAUCUUUCAGAUAACCAAGCAGAAAAAAAUAGGUUCCAAGGGUAUGUGAUAUUCUAACAUAUCAGAGAUAUUAACCUGAACAUAUUUCCAGAAUAUUUCUGUCUGAGAACAAUUCCAAAAUAUAUGUAUGUAAUCUGCUUUAUUUAAUCCACGUCACCAACAUUUAUCAGAUCCUAAUUUAUAUAUUCAAUUCAUAAGGCAUUAAAUGCCAUUUACAGAGGGUUUUUAAAUAGUUCUCCUUUAGGAGGAAAUUAUAAUAGAAUGGAAGUUGUCCCAAAUCCAGUUCCAUUGUUUCCUGGUUAUUCUUUGACCCAAAUCUUGCACCCAUUUUCUCAUAUAUGCAUCCUAGUUCUGAUCAAAGCAUAACCAAAGGUCAUAGAAUCUUGCAAUUAUGCCUUCAUUCAAAUAAGAGAGAAAAAGAAUACUUUUUGAGCACUUGUCACAGUGGGAGAUGAAACUCAUUUCCAAGGAGUAUGUACAAGGAAACC